AGCGAGCAAGAUUCCAACAGAGACGAAACCAGAAGAACGCACGGGAGAGGGGAGAAGCGCGACUGGGCAGCGAACCCAAAAGGCGAGAGGGAGAGCUGCCGCCGCUGAGCUCUCACCGUCCCCAUCUCCCUCCCUCUCGCUUUCUCGCUCCGUCCAAUCGCUGCGUGAGCCGUGGAAACUGAUGCCCUUAUCUGCCUCCUUCUGAUCGAAUCCGGCGAGAAAGAUCGGUUCUUUGUCGUCGGCGUCGCCGGCGAUCUUGAUGGCAUUGGAGACCGGGAGCAGCGGCCGCGGCGGGAGUGGAUGGGGCGGCGGGUUCAGGUGCCUGAUGCGGCGGAAGCAGGUGGACUCCGAUCGGGUUCGCGCCGAGGGCCAGGCGCUGCUCGCCAAGGAGCUCAACGUCCCAGAGCUCGUCGCGAUCGCUCAGAUAUUUUUUUUUUCGACGAACAAGCUCAGACAUGCGUCACGCGGACUUGCCCUAUUAUAGGAGUCGGUUCCACAGUUGGAGCUGGAGUAUACGUUCUUGUGGGAACAGUUGCUAGGGAGCACGCUGGUCCAGCAUUGACAAUAUCCUUUCUGAUAGCUGGAAUAGCAGCAGCGCUUUCAGCUUUCUGUUAUGCUGAGCUUGCUAGCCGUUGCCCCUCUGCUGGAAGUGCCUACCAUUAUUCAUACAUCUGUGUUGGAGAAGGUGUUGCCUGGUUGAUUGGAUGGGCUUUAGUGCUGGAAUAUACUAUUGGCGGAUCUGCUGUUGCCCGUGGCAUAUCCCCCAAUUUAGCCUUGUUUUUUGGAGGACCGGAUAGUUUGCCAUGGAUUUUGGCACGCCAUCAGCUUCCAUGGUUUAAUAUCAUUGUUGAUCCCUGUGCUGCCGCUCUUGUUUUUAUUGUGACUGUUUUACUAUGCGUGGGAAUUAAAGAGAGUUCAUUUGCACAAGGAGUUGUAACCGUUCUGAAUGCCUGCGUAAUGAUAUUUGUUAUUAUAGCUGGUAGUUACAUUGGCUUCCAAAUAGGAUGGGUCGGCUACAAGGUUUCUGAUGGGUAUUUCCCGUAUGGAGUAAAUGGAAUGCUUACUGGAUCAGCAACUGUUUUCUUUGCAUACAUAGGCUUUGAUACAGUCGCUAGUACAGCUGAAGAGGUAAAGAAUCCUCAGAGAGAUCUGCCAUUGGGAAUAGGAGUAGCCUUGGCUAUUUGUUGUGCAUUGUAUAUGGCUGUAUCCAUUGUUAUUGUUGGGCUAGUACCAUAUUUUGCUAUGGACCCUGAUACUCCUAUUUCAUCUGCCUUUGCAAAACAUGGGAUGCAAUGGGCCAUGUAUGUUGUGACAAGUGGUGCUGUUCUUGCACUUUGUUCAACCUUGAUGGGCUCACUUCUUCCACAGCCUAGAAUACUUAUGGCCAUGGCACGAGAUGGGCUGUUGCCAUCCUUCUUCUCUGAUGUUAACAAGCAAACACAAGUACCUGUUAAGAGUACAAUUGUGACUGGCAUCUGUGCAGCUGCUCUGGCUUUUGCAAUGGAUGUUUCACAGUUGGCAGGAAUGGUCAGUGUAGGCACACUCCUUGCAUUCACCAUAGUUGCUGUCUCGAUCUUGAUACUUAGAUAUGUCCCUCCAGAUGAGGUCCCUUUGCCACCCUCUAUGCAAGAAUCAUUUCGUUUGAACCAGGAGUGUGAUGCGGAAAAGGAUAGGGAUCUUCUUGGAGAUGGGAACUGCAACAUAUCUCAAAUGAAGGAUGUGAUUGUUGUUGUAGAAUCAAUGGACCCUCUCAUUGAGAAAAGACAACAUAGAGGCAAGAUGGACGAGACAAAACGUCGAAAGAUAGCCGCUUUCAGCAUAGGAUCUGUGUGUGUCGGGGUUCUGAUCCUCACGUCUUCAGCCUCUGUGACAUGGCUGCCUUUUCUCCCAAUAUGUAUUGGCUGCAUUAUUGGCAUUGUGCUUCUUCUGGCUGGCCUCGGCGCGCUCUCCUGGAUUGAGCAGGAUAAUGGCAGGCACUCCUUUGGUCACUGUGGAGGAUUUACAUGCCCAUUUGUUCCAGUGCUACCAGUUAUGUGUAUCCUGAUAAAUACUUAUCUGUUGAUAAACCUGGGCGGCGACACAUGGAUGCGAGUUGGCAUAUGGUUGCUGAUGGGUGUUCUUGUGUACAUUUUCUAUGGGCGAACCCACAGCUCCCUAACAGAUGUUGUUUACGUUCCGGUAGCGCAAGCUGAUGAGAUAUACAGGAGUUCAUCAGGAUACGUAUCAUAGAAAAGAAAAGCUGCAGUCUCAUGUGACUUGAUAGAGUUGUUGAAAAAUCAACGGAUGAUAUAGUUGCUGAAAGUUCGACGAUCCUCAGUUGCAGAUUAUUGGUUAUCAGCCAGGAAGACAGGACUGUUCCUUCUUUCCCACUUGGCCAACAUGAUAUCAUGUUUGCAAGAUAUAUCCUGGGCAAGGCAGAUCAAUGUACACAUUCUUGGAGUGUGCAUUGAUGUGGUGUAUAUAAACCCAAUUGGGUGGAGUAUGCGAUGUAUGAUGUGGUAUAAUUCAUGUGUACACAAAAGCAGCCACCUUCUUUUAUGUCAUCAACAAACAUUCUCUUCA